CUGGUAAGUCUCAACCAUCUCUUCAUCAAACCCCUCGUGUCAGUCAAAACAUGGCGAGUUUUGCGCCCCUGAGAGAGCUCGAGAACCAACAGCGGCCUCCGCGCCGGCUGGACAAGGUCUAUGGCAAAAAAAACAGAGUCAAGGCGCCUACACGCGCGAUGCAUUUUGAUCUAUUCGGCGGAGGCGAUGAGAAUGAGAUCGUCAAGAAGAUGGAUGAACUGACGGUUCAAGACGAUACAGAAGAGACUGAGCCACCUUCCAAAGCAACCUCCUCGCCACGUGAAGAGCGACCUGCAAGAGAAUCCUCUCGGCCAACUCAAGAGAAACCAACGACACAGAAACCACGGCGACGGCGUCGGCUUCAGCGACGAAAACCAGUAACAUCCAAAAUCAUGUCGGAUCUCACGGAAGAUGACUUCACAAUGCUCAAUUCUCUACUCGGGUUAGCAAAACAAAAGAACAUACGCAGCUUUGCGGAGUACGGCGAAGACCUGGAACAGAAAUACAACUGCACGAAGCUCGGUGAAGGUGGAUACGGCGAGGUUUUUGAAAUCAAAUCCAAAGAUCCUGACAGUGCGACCGAUAUCGAAAGAGAUCAAGGCGUGGUACUCAAAAUCGUCCCAUUUUCCCCGGAAGAAGAACACUCGCUUGAUUAUGACACAGCCCAGCUACCAGCCGUCAUCCGAGAAGCCCAACUCUCGUUACAGUUGGAUAGCUUGCAUGGCUUUGUUCGUUGCAGAGGAAUUAGCGUUGUCAGUGGUAAAUACCCUGACAUACUUCUUGAUGCUUUCCACACAUUCAGAGACGAACACCCAGAAGACACAGAAAACGACGAUCCGGAUGGUUUUCCAGAAGACCAAACAUUCGUGAUCAUCGAAAUGAACCACGCAGGAAGAUCAAUCGCAAAGAUCAAAACACCAUCAGCUUUUCAAGCUUUUGACAUCUUUUGGCAAACAGUCAUCAUACUCGCCAAUGCGGAGGAGAAACUUGAGUUCGAGCACAGAGACUUGCACAUCGGCAAUAUCUGCUUCAAGCCACAAGUGAGAGAUGGCCCUACCGACCUCGAUGUGGAAAGAAUCACCGACCCGGGCAAUGACCCAGAAGUGGCGCUUGGCUUGUCAAACCUCCAAGUCACCAUCAUCGACUACACCCUUGCUCGAGCCAAGAUUGGCGAAGAGGUCCUCUUCGAUCCCAUUGCAGAUUGGGAGGAGGACAGGCUCAACACGGGGCCAGAGAUCGACUUGCUCCAGUUCGCCACGUACAGAAAGGUACGUGACUGGGCCAAAGAAGUCCAGGCGGAGGUCCUGGCCAACGUUGAGGGAACCGAGGUGGACAAGUACGCCCGGUUCCUCCCAAAGACCAACGUUGUGUGGUUGUCGUACCUGGUGCGGGCCUUGUUGUUGCGGCGUGGUCUGGCCAAGUCGACCACCCUGGGGAACGACAGCCAGUCUGCUGCAGGGAGGCUGCAGUCGCUCUUAUGGAGUGGGUUGGAGGCGGUCGCCGACAUUGUCGGCAAAGCCUUCCCGCUGAUCCCAGAGAGCGCUGCAGGCCUCCUUGAGACUGCGCUGUCCUCGGGGUGGUUGACGACGGCGGACGUAGAAGCCUUUAGGGCUAGAAUGGAGGAGUUGUGAGUGGGGGGAGGGGCGUUCUUUGUUUUGUUUGAGCAUAGCGACGGCGUUCACGUGAGUGAACGACCCGCCAUCAAUGAUGGCAAUGACACUGCUUACAAUCGGCCUGUUUUUCAUGAAUUUUCAUGUUGACUU